AUGUAUGUAACAGCCAUUGAGGAUGCUGGGGAUCAGGAAAUACAACGUAUUGAUGAGGAUGCAGAAGCCCACAAGCGAGACAUUGACGAACUAGCUACUAGGAAUAAGGCAGAGAUUAACAAGCACCACCAGCAGGUGGAUGAAGCCAUCAGAGCGGCCAUUGGAAAUGCAGGGCGUCGAGAAAUAGAACGUAUUGAUGAAGGCGCAGAAGCACACAAACGAGACAUUGACGAACUAGCUACUAGAAAAAAGACCGAGAUUACACAGCACCACCAGCAGCAGCAGCAGCAGCGACAACAGGCGGAAGAAGCCUUUAGAGCGGAGCUAAAAGAAACUCUACUAAACGACCAUUUAAAACGCAACUCGUUCCUUUCGCUUGGACCGUUUAUUUCUUCGGAUGAUUCACGUCUGAAGGAAUUUUACGUUUCUCCAACGCUGUCUGAGGUUUUACAACAACGGAUAAGCAAGAAGAACGGACCAAGGGAACAUAAGACACGUCCGAUUACAUCCCUUGAACAAAUGUUGACUCCUGCUGAUAGAACGAAGCAAUUUACAAUCAUAACCGCGAAUGCUGGUGUUGGUAAAACAUCGUUUUGUAAGUUUUUAGCUGUUUUGUGGUGCGAGUUACAUGGUCACAAGACGGAUACAAUCAGCACAUUUAAAGAGAGGUUUGUCAUUCGUUUUGAAUCUUUAGAAGACAUACCCUAUCUUCUCUACAUUCCAAUGAAGGAUAUUCCACCACACAGCACCCAUUCCAUUGAAGAAAUUAUUUUUGCGCAUUUAGAGAAUGUGAUUGGAUACUCUAAGCAAGAUCGAGACAGAUUGAGAAGAGUUUUCAUGGACGAACGAUGUUUGGUCAUCUUAGAUGGAAUGGACGAGUCUUCCUUGUCAAAGCUUGACUCAGCAAUGGCCAAACGGAAGUACAGCAUUAUUAUUACAUGCCGCCCGUGGAAACUCGCAGAUACGGUAUUACCGAAGUACAUGCAUGUUAAUAUUGAUGAUCUCAGUCGCAUUUCACAAACUAACCUGUUUGAACACGUGAAUAAAAUCUUAAACGCACAAUAUUCGACCAUAUUUGAAGUUCAGGAUUUCUUAGCAACUUUGGAGGCUAGGAAACUGCAGCCACUAUCCUCCAACACGCUCGUGGGUCUGCAACUAUACAGUCUCUGGCAUGACCAACGUAUUGACGACGAAACAUCAGAAAAUAACAAAACAAGUAUGACGCUUGGACCAACAAGAUCACACAUCUAUGCAGACAUAUUAGAAACGAUGUUCAGUCUAGAAAUGAAAAAGAGAAAAGAAUUUUCAGAACGUCCACAAAAUAAAAUUCCCACACAAAGACCUCUUCCUAAAUGCUUUGAGGGACGGAAAUUGUGUAAAGCAAAAUCCUGUUUGAUUUAUGAAACAGGCAAGAUUGCUCUCAAUAUGUUAGUUAACUCGAAGAUCGAGUUUGAUGAGGAAACCAUGCAUUCGUUACUAGAUGGGCAAUUUCUUUUAGAUUCAGGACUCAUUUCAGCCUAUAGGUCACACAAGUGCAGUAUUGAAAACAAAGUGUACCAUUUUCUACACAAAACCUACCAGGAAAUGUUUGCAGCAAUAUAUAUUUCGUCACUGAAUUUCACGAGUGAAGACUGGCUUAAGCUUGAAGACAACUUCGAUACUGUGUUUUCACCGGACAUAAUGUCAUUCUUGUGCGUGAUGAAUUACGAGCAGGGCCGGCGAUGUUCGGAAAUAUUCGGCAACAUGGAGCGGAAGUUUUACAGAGAAAACACAUUUUAUGCCAAUGAGAUAAUCGAGUACCAAGAGGCCGUGCAACUGGCGUACAACGAAUGUGUGAACAAUGGUGUGUCAGAGCCGCAACUUACGUUAAGACAUGCAAGGUUAAAUAGGGAAAUCGCUGCGUCAACGCGUCCACUCUUGCAACACAACCUUAGCGAACUAUAUUCGUGUGAUAUUGAAUGUUCCGAAGAAUACCCUGUUAAUACAAGCAUUACAAGCAUGGAACAACUUAACACAUUAUACAUAUCGAGUGAAGAAGAGGGCAAUGCUUCUCUACAAAGUAUUCCAACAUUGUUUCUUAACAAAUUAACAGUUCUUUGUCUAUCCGAUUUGAACAUAGAAACUGAUAAUCUAAACCUGGCCUUUUGUGGAAAUAUUAAAGUAAUUAUUCUGCAAAACCUCCGCCUCAGGCAUGUGACCAUCGCCCCGACCCAGCUAGAGAAGUUCUUGGUCAUUAUCAAGGAUAACAUACGAGAGAACAUACCGCCUAUGGAGGUGACAUUCGCACACGGGAGACAGUUUACAAACACAUUAAAGGAGCUCAAUCUUGACAACGUUACUUUAAAUGAAACACUUAAUAUACAGCAGUGUGAUCAACUACAAGAACUAUGGCUGGACACAUUAACAUUUUCUGACGACUUCCACCUGGAUCUGUCAUUAUUCACGCACCUUUCUGAGGUAGUUCUUCAAAACCUCCGCCUCAGGCAUGUGACCAUCGCCCCGACCCAGCUGGAGAAGUUCGGUGUCUCUAUCAGGGAUAACACACGAGAGAACAUACCGCAUAUGGAGGUGACAUUCGCACACGGGAGACAGUUUACAAACACAUUAAAGAAGCUCACUCUUGCCUACGUUACUUUAAAUGAAACACUUAAUAUACAGCAGUGUGAUCAACUACAAAAACUAUGGCUGGACACAUUAACAUUUUCUGACGACUUCCGCCUGGACCUGUCCUCAUUCACGCACCUUUCUGAUGUACUUCUUCAAAACCUCCGCCUCAGGCAUGUGACUAUCGCCCCGACCCAGCUGGAGAAGUUCUUGGUCUCUAUCAAGAAUAACAUACGAGAGAACAUACCGCCUAUGGAGGUGACAUUCGCACACGGGAGACAGUUUACAAACACAUUAAAGGAGCUCAGUCUUGACAACGUUACUUUAAAUGAAACACUUAAUAUACAGCAGUGUGAUCAACUACAAAAACUAUGGCUGGACACGUUAACAUUUUCUGACGACUUCCACCUGGACCUGUCCUCAUUCACGCACCUUUCUGGGGUAGUUCUUCAAAACCUCCGCCUCAGGCAUGUGACCAUCGCCCCGACCCAGCUGGAGAAGUUCUGUGUCAUUAUCAAGGAUAACAUACGAGAGAACAUACCGCCUAUGGAGGUGACAUUCGCACACGGGAGACAGUUUACAAACACAUUAAAGGAGCUCUGUCUUGUCAACGUUACUUUAAAUGAAACACUUAAAAUACAGCAGUGUGAUCAACUACAAGAACUGCAGUUGGACACGUUAACAUUUUCUGACGACUUCCACCUGGACCUGUCCUUAUUCACGCACCUUUCUGAGGUAGUUCUUCAAAAUCUUCGCCUCAGGCAUGUGACCAUCGCCCCGACCCAGCUGGAGACGUUCUGGGUCUCUAUCAAGGAUAACAUACGAGAGAACAUACCGCCUAUGGAGGUGACAUUCGCACACGGGAGACAGUUUACAAACACAUUAAAGGAGCUCUGUCUUGACAACGUUACUUUAAAUGAAACACUUAAUAUACAGCAGUGUGAUCAACUACAAGAACUGCAGUUGGACACGUUAACAUUUUCUGACGACUUCCACCUGGACCUGUCCUUAUUCACGCACCUUUCUGAGGUAGUUCUUCAAAAUCUUCGCCUCAGGCAUGUGACCAUCGCCCCGACCCAGCUGGAGACGUUCUUGGUCUCUAUCAAGGAUAACAUACGAGAGAACAUACCGCCUAUGGAGGUGACAUUCGCACACGGGAGACAGUUUACAAACACAUUAAAGGAGCUCUGUCUUGACAACGUUACUUUAAAUGAAACACUUAAUAUACAGCAGUGUGAUAAACUACAAGAACUGCAUUUGGACACGUUAACAUUUUCUGACGACUUCCGCCUCGACCUGUUCUCAUUCACGCACCUUUCUAAGGUAGUUCUUCAAAACCUCCGCCUCAGGCAUGUGACCAUCGCCCCGACCCAGCUAGAGAAGUUCUGGGUCUCUAUCAAGGAUAACAUACGAGAGAACAUACCGCCUAUGAAGGUGACAUUCGCACUAGGGAGACAGUUUACAAACACAUUAAAGAAGCUCAGUCUUGACUACGUUACUUUAAAUGAAACACUUAAUAUACAGCAGUGUGAUCAACUACAAGAACUAUGGCUGGACACGUUAACAUUUUCUGACGACUUCCGCCUGGACCUGUCCUCAUUCACGCACCUUUCUAAGGUAGUUCUUCAAAACCUCCGCCUCAGGCAUGUGACCAUCGCCCCGACCCAGCUGGAGAAGUUCUGGGUCUCUUUCAAGGAUAACAUACGAGAGAACAUACCGCCUAUGGAGGUGACAUUCGCACACGGGAGGCAGUUUACAAACACAUUAAAGAAGCUCUGUCUUGACAACGUUACUUUAAAUGAAACACUUAAUAUACAGCAGUGUGAUAAACUACAAGAACUGCAUUUGGACACAAUAACAUUUUCUGACGACUUCCAUCUGGACCUGUUCUCAUUCACGCACCUUUCUAAGGUAGUUCUUCAAAACCUCCGCCUCAGGCAUGUGACCAUCGCCCCGACCCAGCUAGAGAAGUUCUGGGUCUCUAUCAAGGAUAACAUACGAGAGAACAUACCGCCUAUGAAGGUGACAUUCGCACACGGGAGACAGUUUACAAACACAUUAAAGGAGCUCAGUCUUGACAACGUUGCUUUAAAUGAAACACUUAAUAUACAGCAGUGUGAUCAACUACAAAAACUAUGGCUGGACACGUUAACAUUUUCUGACGACUUCCACCUGGACCUGUCCUCAUUCACGCACCUUUCUGGGGUAGUUCUUCAAAACCUCCGCCUCAGGCAUGUGACCAUCGCCCCGACCCAGCUGGAGAAGUUCUGUGUCAUUAUCAAGGAUAACAUACGAGAGAACAUACCGCCUAUGGAGGUGACAUUCGCACACGGGAGACAGUUUACAAACACAUUAAAGAAGCUCUGUCUUGUCAACGUUACUUUAAAUGAAACACUUAAUAUACAGCAGUGUGAUCAACUACAAGAACUAUGGCUGGACAUGUUAACAUUUUCUGACGACUUCCGCCUGGACCUGUCCUCAUUCACGCACCUUUCUAAUGUAACAUACUUCAACACCUCAAACUAA